AUGUACUGGCCCAACGGAGUCCCCCGGGUCUAUGCGGUCGAUGGCCCGGGUAUUCCGCGCUUCUCGGCGGACGAGAUAGUUCAAGAUGCACGGCCUGAGAAUGCUACAGCGCAGGAUGCAUCGACAGACAAGGACGAUGAGCCGAAAGAACAGACGCCGCAUGCCGAGUCGGAGCAAUGGGCCAACGAGCCCAUUGAGGGCCUUUGCGUUUCGCGAAACGGCCAGAUGUUUGUGACAAUGACACAUUCGUCCAUAGUCAUAUGGCAAACAAGACCGACAGCCGUGGUGGCUGCUGUCACUCGUUCUUCAUCUUCUUUAAAGACCUACGGCUCGAAUACCGCACUAUUCAUGCACCCGGAUUCAACAAUUCUUAUUGUACAGACCACAAAAGGGUUUCUCUUGACGUACACGAUCGCCUCUGACCCGAAAACCCGAGUCUACCAGCAACAAUUCGACCACUCCAUACAUCCCCGUCGGCAACAGCUCGCGCUCCUUUCUGCCGGUGAGGAUGCGAAUAGCAUUCGAGACGUUAGUGUUUACUUUCGGAUGGCCAUAAAGAUUGAAUCCGGGAUUGUAAAGGCACUCGCGCUCGACAACGAGCUGGUGGUAGCUACGGUAAAGCCAGCUGCCAUCCAGUGUAUCCGGUGGACGCCGGAUGCGAGCGGAACUCAGACAAAAUCAGAGCUCCUAAGCCGCAUUCUAGGGAUAUCGAAAAAGGUAUCGAUAGUGGAGAUGGUGUAUGACAGAGCCAUGAAUCUCCUCAUAUGGGUGACCAGCACCGGGCAGGCUUACGCGGUACAGCGCGUUCCCGACAGGCCGCAGGAAGAAUCAGAGGCUGCAAAGAAGCUUUUUCAGGGCCAUUGCUUCCAUGAGCCUACUGAUGAUGGCGAGAAGGCAGUCCAAGUCGCCGUCAACGCGCGAUUUUCGUUACUGACUGUGAGUUGUGCCAACGGCGAAGUCCUCGUCUACACGGCCAAAGACUAUAUGGGAAAUAUACCGCUUUCCUUCAAACUUCAGCCGCCGGCCUCUACAGGAACCACUGGUUUGCUGAAGUUUUUAAGUUAUUCGCCAGACGGGUAUUGCCUUUUUGCUGGUUACGAACGAGGAUGGACAACCUGGAGCGUGUUUGGAAAACCGGGAGGCAACAGCUUCUCUGCGGACAGAUCCCUUGCCAAAACAAACACCGAAAAUUGGUUGACUGGUAUCACUCACGGAUGCUGGAUUGGUGGAGGCUCAGAUAUCAUCCUAUCAAGAAAGAAUGACCGUCGCCUAUGGAUUUUAGAAACAGCCAGGAGCGCUUUGACGGGCUGCUUUUCGUCUGCAAAUCUGGCUAGAGGGUUACUACAAACUGGGACAGAAGUUAUUAUCUAUCGUGGCCACGAUCUACCUGAUCUCAUGACCAUAUCUGGCAAGGAUUCUUUGUGGCACCAUGCACAAUACCCGCCAAGCUACUUACACUCGCAAUGGCCGAUUCGCUCAUCGGUGGUAUCCCAAGACGGCCGAUAUGUCGCCAUUGCGGGCAGACGAGGCUUAGCUCAUUACAGCGUGUCUAGUGGCAGAUGGAAAGUGUUUGAGGAUUCAAAGGUCGAGAACUCUUUCGCAGUACGGGGUGGGAUGUGUUGGUAUGGCCAUAUUUUGAUUGCGGCCAUCGAGAGUGAUGGUUCUUAUGAGCUGCGCUUAUACUCCAGAGAGCUUCCACUCAACAAUCAAUCUAUACUGCAUAUAGAAUAUCUGCCUUCACCAGUGGUUUUCAUCGGGCCAUCGGGGGAGGACUCUCUGCUCGUCUAUACCUACGAUAACAUCUUAUAUCAUUUUAUUAUAAAUUCAACGCAGCCAAGGAUAACCUUGGUUCCAGUUGGUCAGAUCGCCUUCAAUGGCAUCGUCCGAGCACCUACCAGAGUCCGAGCCAUCAGCUGGAUUCUCCCAGAAAAUCAAUUACGAAACGGGGAUCCUUCCCAAGAUGUCAAGAAUGCUUCUGUCCUUCUCUUGGUCGAUGGAAAUUUGGUGUUGUUGCAACCAUCUGUGGCCGAUAAUGGCGAGAUGAAAUAUGAUAUGCGCGUUGUAUCUCACGAUGUGGAAUAUUACAUCUUGAUGCGCGAUCAACUUUCCUUCAAUUUCUCUCCGCCAAUAGACGAGUCCCUUCCUGCCAGUCCUUCAGCGGAAAUGGCAUUGGGAAUGUACCGCGCCAAUCCGUCGUUACGAGAUUCACUUUGGACCUUUUGUGGUAAAGAGCUUCUGGCUUGGGGCGAUGUGCAAGAGAUCCUUCGGCGAGAGGAAGUGCCGAAACCACUGGAGGUUCCUUUGGACUUCUACCCCUUGUCGGUUCUUCUGAACAAGGGAAUUGUCUUGGGCGUUGAGUCCGAAAUGAUUCAACGACGGGAUGUCACGUUUACGGUGCUCAAGUUCGCAAUCAGGACCCAUUUGUUCCUCCCCUACUUCUUACAGCAUAGUCUGACCAACCUUGACAUGCCGGGCGCUCUGUCACUUUGUCACCACUACUCCCACCUUUCAUAUUACGCGCAUGCUCUCGAGAUUCUCUUGCACCACGUCCUCGACGACGAGGUGGAUCGCGAAAGCAAAGCUCGAGGAGCGAAUGAGCCAGUCGAGGACCAAGUUCCUCCUCUUCUUCCUUCCGUGAUUUCUUUCCUCCAGGCCUCGCUACCAACAAACGUGUAUCUGGACAUUAUUGUUCAAUGCACACGAAAAACAGAACUCCGUUCCUGGCGCACGCUAUUUACCCACCUCCCAUCUCCAAGGGACUUGUUUGAACAGGCUCUCAGGCUCAAUCUGCUGAAAACUGCGGCUGGCUAUCUUCUUGUCUUGCAAGCCUUUGAUGACGAGGCAGAGGGCCACGAGGCGAGGGUUGAAAAUUACGUUGUCCGCCUGAUGAGCCUGGGGUCGCAUAAAGGUGACUGGGAGCUUUGCGCGGAGCUUGCGAGAUUCCUCGUAGCUCUCGAUUCAUCCGGUGAGAUGUUGCGACGCGCAGUGGCACGAGUCGGCCUGCGGAACAGGAACGACUCUCCCUCAUCGGCGACCACCGGGGCGAAUGGCUCCAGUGCUGGCAUGAAAGGCUUAGGCCUCACGCUUCCACUGCGGUCGCCUUCAUCUUGGUCAUCCCUGUCGCCCACCUCGUCGAUCUCACGCGAGUCUAACCAAGACUUCUAUCGCCCACCCAGUGACAACGCAUCUAGCUCUAGCGCAGGCAACGAAGGCGCGACUCUUGAUAGUUCCGGCGUUGACGAUGUGGCUUCUUCUCUUUCUCUUGCGAGCGAGCAGUCUCAUUAA